UGUCACUUGACAAUUAAUUAUGACAUCUGUGAAGCAAAUUAUGUAGAAAAAUACAACUACUUAUGUACUUACACUUAUUCAGUAAUUCAAUAUUAAAUAUCUUGUCAGUGGGUAGACAGAAUUGAAUUGUGAUCUAAAAUUUUGAAAAAUGGCUAAGAUUUUCACCCCUACUAAUCAAAUACGUCUUACAAAUGUUGCAAUAGUAAGGUUAAAGAAAGGAGGAAAGAGGUUUGAAAUAGCCUGCUACAGAAACAAAGUCUUGUCUUGGAGGAAUAAACUAGAACAAGACCUUGAUGAAGUUUUACAAACCCAUACAGUAUUCACAAAUGUAUCCAAAGGACAAGUUGCUAAAAAGGAAGAUUUAGUUAAAAUAUUUGGCAAAGAUGAUAUGACUGAAAUAUGCAAAGAAAUAUUGGAGAAAGGUGAACUUCAGGUUUCUGACAAAGAGAGGCACUCACAAAUAGAGUCACUUAUGAAAGACAUUGCAACAACAGUUGCUGAUAAAUGUGUCAACCCUGAGACAAAAAGGCCAUAUCCAGUUUCAAUCAUAGAAAAAGCAAUGAAAGACCUUCAUUUUUCUGUCAAUGUGAACAAAAAUGCUAAACAGCAAGCUCUAGAUGUUAUUCCAUUAUUAAAAAAAGAAAUUCCGCUUGAGAGAGCACAAAUGAGAGUAAGGAUUUUAUUGACUGGCAAAGAUGCUAGGAAGAUUAAGGAGAAAGUUAUUAAACUAGCAACAAGUGUUGAAGAAGAUAAUUGGGAUUCAGGAACAGCUAAUAUAAUUUGUUUGAUUGACCCUGGUAACUUUAGGAAUCUAGAUGAAAUGAUAAGAACUGAAACCAAGGGAUCAGGACAAUUUGAAUUGUUGAACCUGAAGGAAAUGGUAGAAGGGGAGCAAACAUUGUAAUAAAUGUCCAUCAAAAUGUAAUCUACAUAUUUUAAAUAAAAUUUUAUACAAAUU